AUGUUGGGAAUAGCAAGAAUUUCAGUGCCCAUUCCGUCAGAUCUUUGGCCCAAGAGAGAGCUGAAAACUCCAGCGGCUCACACUUGUGCCAUCCUUUUGGUGCGGGACAAUCGUCCUGAGAUCGGACCUUUCAUAUCCUUCCGAUUGCAGAUGAGAAGCUUCAGGAUUCUUCCCCUUUCGCUGGCGGUCAUGUUUGGUGAUGCCAGCGAGAUUGCAAUCCUACCCAAUGCCAAACUUGUCAUGGAUGGGAGCGAACUACCAGCAGAAGUUCAAAGUAAACAUGAUCUUCUCAAGAUUGAGGGCCCGGGCAAGCAUGAGCUGCCAGAGACCAUUGAAGAUGUAGAAGCUCGGUGGCUGGGUAUGGCACUUUCUCAGAUUGGCUGGUUCCUCUCAGAAUCGCCUCUGUCCUUGGGAAAGAAGGCCACCAGUUGGAUGCUGAGUGCCGAGGAGGUGAGCUCGCGAUCCAAACAUCAGAGCAUGGCGUUGUCGUUGCUGGAGACCUUGGGUGUCUCCUUGGCUGAACAGAAGCCCACCGCACCCAUCCCACAUCAUCCACACACCAUGUUUGGCGGCAUUCCCUGGUUGCUGAUCAUCCCAGUGGUUCUGGGAGUGGUCUUGGCCAUUCUGAUCCAGGCCGUGAGCCUCUACUCCGAAUGGUCCGAAGCAAAGGAGAAGCAAGCCCGUGGAGAGCCCAUUGAAGCAGACUUGGGCUAUGGAGCUCUAGAAACCUUGGACCGACGCAUGGCACGCUGCGAGUUCGAUGUGAAGGAGCUGCGAACGGCCCGCGCGCAAGUUGCAGGGGUUGCCGCCGCCCCUGCCGCCGCAGAAGCGGAAGCGGCGCCAGCACAGGACCCGCUGUUGGACGAGUUGCUUCAACGCAUGGCGCGUUUUGAGCGAUUGGAGGAGGACUUACGAGCCGAUGUGGAUUCGCAUCAAGGGCUUCUGAGAGCUUUGCAGGAGACUCAGCGGCAGCCCCAACAGGACGCCAUGAAGGUGGAUGGUGUAUCUGAGAUGGCAAAGCAGCUGAGCAGAUGCGAAGAACAGAUCGAGGAGCUUCAAACUCAGCUGCAAGUGCUGCCAAGCAGCUCCCUGGCGGUGUCAGACCGGGAGGUGACUUUGCCGCCUGACUUCACCGAGCGCCUGCAGAAGUGCGAGCGACAGAAUCAGGAAUUCCAGAAGCAGUUGCAUGGGCAGAGCUCCCUGAACUCAGAGAUCGCCAGAUGUGAAGAGCAAGUGAAGGAACUGAGGCUGCUGCAUGAGAAGUCUUCGGCCGAGGACCCACAAGCUGCGCAGAUGGGUGAAAUGUCACUGCAGAUCAGGAGAUGCGAACAGCAAGUGAAGGAACUCCAAGAAGAGCUUCGUGAAGAGAAGUCUUCAAAACCCCAGGUGGAUGGUGUAUCUGAGAUGGCAAAGCAGCUGAGCAGAUGCGAAGAACAGAUCGAGGAGCUUCAAACUCAGCUGCAAGUGCUGCCAAGCAGCUCCCUGGCGGUGUCAGACCGGGAGGUGACUUUGCCGCCUGACUUCACCGAGCGCCUGCAGAAGUGCGAGCGACAGAAUCAGGAAUUCCAGAAGCAGUUGCAUGGGCAGAGCUCCCUGAACUCAGAGAUCGCCAGAUGUGAAGAGCAAGUGAAGGAACUGAGGCUGCUGCAUGAGAAGUCUUCGGCCGAGGACCCACAAGCUGCGCAGAUGGGUGAAAUGUCACUGCAGAUCAGGAGAUGCGAACAGCAAGUGAAGGAACUCCAAGAAGAGCUUCGUGAAGAGAAGUCUUCAAAACCCCAGGUUUCCGCCUUCAAUCCUCAUGAGGAGGACCUCACAGACCAUCAGUUGAUGUUGCUGGAUUUGCAACAAAGAGUCUCAUCCUUGGAAGGGCCAGGCGAACUCGUGGCCUCCUCUCCACAGUCCGGCGUCUUGGGGCAGGCGGCGGAACUGGCCCGGGCGGCCCAGCAGCCUCGACAUGACGCCGUGCGCGGCUUACCCCGUGUUUUCCGUGACGCCACCAAAGAGUGGCCAGCGAUGAAGGCAUUGAGACAGAAGCUCCAAAAACAUGCCGUGACGCGGCAAUGGGUGGGCCUCGACUCUGACAAGCAAGCGCUAUCGCAAGAUGAGCAAGAGUUACGACAAGAGCUGGAGUGGCAGCAGAACGUCACUGACGCCUUGACAUCUUAUGGCAAAGUCCUGGAAACUGCCACCUACAGUUUGCUGGAAGCUCAUCAAUCUCUCAUGGAUCUGCAUUUGGAGCUGCUGACCCCGGAGGCCGCAGCGAUGCACCGCGCCUUGCGUUGCUUGGUGGCGCAGCUCCGCGACGGAGCGGAGGCCAACAGCACGCCCUUGGGGCUGCAUGUGGCACAGCUCCAGGGAUGCAUGGCCAAGGUGAAGGAGGUGGAUGAGGCUAGGGCCUUGCAGAAACACUACGAGGAUAAGGUGGUGCAGUUGGAUGCGCAGGUAAAACGGAAGAGUUCACCGGCCCUGCAGUCGAAACUGGAGCGAAAUCAGGAGAAACUGCAGCAAGCCUCAGUGGCCUCCCAAAGUGCCCAAGAAGUGGCUCAUGAAUCCCUGCAACAAUGUGCUGCUCGGCGUCAAAAUCUUCAGCGAAUCGCUGGAAGUUUCAUGACCAGCCUCUCAAAGGCCUUUCAAGCCGCGGUGUCCAGCUCUUCCAGAUCCAUGGCAUCCAUGGCUUCCACGGGAUCCAGCGGCUACGCGGUGGCCAACGUGCCGCCGGAUGGGUUGAAUCCCUUCACCGAAGACGUUCUGCGCGAAGCCACCCCAGUAGCGAAGGAUCCCGCGCCCCCAACGGCCUCCAACCCCUUUCCAGACAGCGACAGUGCGUCCGGGGCCGAAUCUGGGCCUCCGGACCCAGGAAAGUGGAAACCCUUGGAGUCGGAGAGUGAGAACAGCACCUCUCCAUGGGCACAGGAUCCAAAGCCUCAACCGGAGGGCCUGGAGAGCCUGGAGGGCGACCCAAAAUGA